UGCUGGCAUUAUUUUUGUUCUGGACUUAGGAGUCCAUCCUCAACACAGGUCCUGUCUUCCACUUUGCUAGACUGAUAUUUAAUUGGAUUUCUCUCUUCCUCUCAUUCAUCCACAUACAAAAUUGAAAUACUGUAAUACUGAACCUGGCUUCUGUUUAUCCAAAGUGUGAAUUGGAUUAGGAGAAAUCCAAAAUGUCUUUACCAUUCUAUCAGAGGCACCAUCAGCAUUUCGACCGAGCUUAUCGUCACAAAGAACUAGAAUCCACACUAAGUCAAUAUCAGAAAGAAGAAAAGCGCAAAUCUGCCAUUUAUACACAUGGCUCUACUGCCUACAGUCACAGAGGUGCAUCAGCCUACCGUCAGGAAUCAGCUUUUUCUGACCAAAAGUCUACAGAAGCCAGCCAAGAAUUAAUAGAAGCUCAUGCCCACAAAUCUGCAGCUCACAGUAAACGAUCUUCAGCUUACAGUCUAGGAUCUGAGUUGGUCAGUAAGAAAGCUGAAGCAUAUCAUCAUGGAUCUGAAUUGUUGAAUAAGAAAGCUGAAGCAUAUCGUCUUGGAUACGACACAUACAGUCUCGGAGGUCUGGCAGAAGAUCAUACUCUUAAGUUGAGUCCUAAAGCAAAGAGAGCCAAACAAAGUUUAUUGUCAGAUGAAAAAGAAAACACCAUUAUUGAGUAUGUUGUCCCUGUAUUCAGUGGAAGAGAAAACUAUAUUAGUGGAAUUACAGAUAGAGAAGAAGAAAGAAUUAAGGAAAGCGCUGCUUAUAUUGCCAGAAGGAAUCUUUUUGCUACUGGGGAAGGAAUCACUGCAACCAAAAAGAAAAUUUCCUCUUCUAUAGAAGAAGAACACCAUGAGAAAAAAUCAAGAAAAGUAGCAAUACGGGAGACAGCUGAAAAAUUGGCUUUAAAGAAAACGUUAACAGAGACACAGGAAUUCCACAGAAAGUUAAAUGAAGAUAGCCUGCUACAUGCUCCUGAAUUUGUUAUCAAACCUCGUUCACACACUGUCUGGGAAAAACAGAAUGCCAGGUUGCACUGCACUGUGAGAGGCUGGCCAGAACCUCGUGUUACAUGGUAUAAAAACAAUGUUCCCAUCAAUAUCCAUACUCAUCCUGGUAAAUAUGCAAUCGAAAGUCGGUAUGGGAUGCACUCUUUGGAAAUUAACAAAUGUGAUUUUGAUGACACAGCUCAGUAUCGUGCUUCUGCCAUGAAUGUCAAAGGAGAACUUUCAGCUUAUGCUUCUGUAGUAGUAAAAAGAUAUGUGAAAGGAGAGUUUGAUGAAAGUUUUUUCCAUGCUGGAACUGUCACACUGCCCCUAAGCUUUGGCCUUGGUGUUAGUCCUUAUGGCUAUGCUUCCAGGUUUGAAAUACAUUUUGUGGAUGCUUUUGAUGUUUCUUUUGGAAGAGAAGGUCAGACAAUGAGUCUGGGCUGCACAGUUGUCAUCCAUCCUGAUAUUAAGCGUUUUCACCCAGAAAUCCAGUGGUACAGGAAUGGAGUUUUGAUUUCUCCAUCAAAAUGGGUUCAGAUGCAUUGGAGUGGAGAAAGAGCCUCAUUGACCUUGACUCAUGCUAAUAAAGAAGAUGAAGGCCUUUAUACCAUUCGUGUGAUAAUGGGAGACUAUUAUGAGGAGUACAGUGCUUAUGUUUUUGUUCGAGAUGCUGAUGCUGAUAUAGCAGGAGUUCCUGGUUCUCCCUUAGAUGUGAAGUGUUUGGAUGCUAACAAAGAUUAUGUUAUCAUCUCUUGGAAACAACCAGCUGUUGAUGGUGGACAUUCUAUUUUAGGAUAUUUCAUAGAUAAAUGUGAAGUUGGUACCACUCACUGGUCCCAAUGCAAUGAAACACCAGUGAAGUUUGCUCGCUUCCCUGUCACAGGAUUAAUUGAAGGGCGCUCAUAUAUAUUCCGUGUUCGUGCUGUGAAUAAUGUUGGUAUCAGCAUUCCAUCCCGCAUCUCAGAACCUGUGGCAGCAUUAGAUCCUGCUGAUAGAGCCAGACUUAAAAGUCAUCCUUCUGCCCCUUGGACCGGACAGAUUAUAGUCACUGAAGAGGAACCUUCAGCAGAAGGUAUUGUUCCUGGACCUCCAUUAGACCUCCGUGUUACAGAGGCAACUAAGAACUACAUAGUACUUAGCUGGAAACCUCCACAUGAACGAGGCCAUGAAGGUGUCAUGUACUUUGUUGAAAAGUGUGUUGCAGGAACAGAAAAUUGGCAAAGAGUGAAUACUGAGAUCCCAGUAAAGUCUCCUCGCUUCGCACUUUUUGACUUAGCCGAAGGGAAAUCCUACCAAUUCCGUGUUCGUUGUUGUAAUUCAGCUGGAAUUGGUGAGCCCACUGAGGCCACUGAAGCCACUGUGGUUGGUGACAAACUUGAUAUUCCUAGCCCACCAAGCAACAUUAUACCCACCCGAAAUACAGAUACAUCAGUAGUUGUCGCUUGGACAGAAUCUGAAGAUGCAAAGGAAUUGGUGGGAUACUACAUAGAAGCAAGUAAAGUAGGGUCUGGUGAUUGGGUGCCAUGCAACAAUAACCCUGUGAAAGGCACAAGAUUCACUUGUCAUGGACUUACUACUGGGGAUCGCUACAUUUUCCGUGUCAGAGCUGUUAAUGCAGCUGGAUUAAGUGGAUAUUCAAAGGACUCAGAAGCCAUUGAAGUCAAGGCAGCUAUUGGGGGAGGAUUGCUUCAUGGUGUAUGUCCUGGACUAAGUGAUAAAGCUGAUGGACUAACAGGCCGCACUGUCAACUGGGAAGGCAUGCAUGAGUCCUCCCAGCCUAUCUUUGACACAGAUGCUUUGUUAAAUUGCCAUGCUAAACCCAAUAGGCAAACAAUGCCCAGUAGCUCUGGUAAGCAGAGGAGUCCAUCAGUCAGUAAAGGGAGUGACCCAGUUCCUACUCCUUCAUCACAAAAGGCAACUACCAAGCACCCACGUAAGUCUGUUCCUGGAGAUCGUUCUACAUUGGAGAAAAUUCAAAAGAAAAACGAUAUAGCACCUCCAUCUCCACCAUAUGACAUCACGGUGCUUGAAAGUGUUCGUCAGUCAAUGGUUCUUGGAUGGAAACAGCCAAAAGUUAUUGGUGGAGCUGAAAUCACCGGCUAUUAUGUGAAUUACCGGGAAGUAAUUGGUGGAGUACCUGGAGAAUGGAAGGAAGCAAACAUUAAAGCCAUUAGUGAAAGGGCAUAUAGGAUAAAUGAUUUGAAGGAGAACAUGAUAUACCAGUUUCAAGUGGCUGCAGCUAACAUAGCUGGGGUUGGCGUACCUUCUCCUGCUACCCAAUCCUUUAAAUGUGAAGAAUGGACCAUUGCUGUUCCAGGACCACCCCAUGAUUUGUCAUGUAAUGAAGUUAGGAAAGACUCCAUAGUUUUAUUAUGGAAACCACCAAUUUAUGUUGGCCGAACUCCUGUAAUUGGUUUUUAUGUUGAUGUGAAACCAACAAAAGAAUCAGAUGAUUGUUGGAAGAGUGUGAAUGCAAAACCUAUUACAAACAAAUUCUUAAAGAUAAGCGGCCUCAAAGAAGGCACCAGUUAUGUGUUCCGUGUACGAGCGGCAAAUAAAGCUGGAGUUGGGAAACCAUCAGAUCCUACUGACCCUGUAACAGCAGAAACCCGACCAGGUACAAAAGAAAUUGUGGCUGAAGUUGAUGACAAUGGAGUAAUUUCACUGAAUUUUGACUGUGAUCAGGGAACAACAGAUUCUGAAUUUAUUUGGUCCAAGAAUUAUGAACCAAUUGAUGAUGAUUCUCGAUUAGCCAUUGACACCAAAGGUGGAAAGUCGAAAGCAAUAUUUAAAGAUCUCAAUGAAGAAGAUUUAGGUAUAUAUUCCUGUGCUGUAACUGAAACAGACGGUGUCUCAUCAAGCUAUACAAUAGAUGAGGAAGAAAUGAAGCGUCUGCUUGCACUCAGUCAUGACCACAAGUUUCCUGUUGUUCCUCUUAAGACUGAAUUGGCAGUUGAAAUUUUGGAGAAGGGACAGGUGCGAUUCUGGCUGCAAGCUGAGAAAUUGUCUAGUAAUGCCAAAGUCAACUUUGUAUUUAAUGAUAAGGAAAUUUUCAAUGGAGAGAAAUACAAGAUGAAGAUUGAUCAUAAUUCUGGUAUGAUUGAAAUGUUUAUGGAUAAACUUGAUGUUGUGGAUGAAGGUACGUAUACCUUUCAACUUCAGGAUGGAAAAGCAACCAAUCAAUCCAGUUUGGUGUUAAUUGGUGAUGUGUUCCAGAAAUUACAGAAAGAAGCAGAUUUUCAAAGGCAAGAAUGGUUCAGGAAGCAAGGUCCACAUUUUGUUGAAUAUCUUGGAUGGCAAGUUACCCCUGAAUGUAAUGUAUUAUUGAAAUGCAAGGUUGCUAACAUUAAAAAAGAAACACAUGUUAUUUGGUACAAAGAUGACAGAGAGAUAAUGGUUGAUGAAAAGCAUGAUUUUCAGGAUGGUGUAUGUACUCUGCUGAUAACAGAGUUUUCUAAGAAGGAUGCUGGUAUAUACGAAGUGAUACUGAAAGAUGAAAGAGGAAAGGACAAAAGUACAUUGAAACUUGUGGAUACAGCUUUUACAGACUUGAUAACUGAAGUAUGCAGAAAGAUUGCUUUAUCUGCAACUGCUCUGAAAAUUCAGAGCACAGCAGAGGGCAUCAGACUAUACUCCUUUGUUAACUACUACUUGGAAGAUCUGAGAGUGAGUUGGUCACACAAUGAAGUCAAAAUUAAGUACACAGACAGAGUUAAGACCGGUGUUACAGGAAACCAAAUCUGGUUGCAAAUUAAUGAACCAACAACAAAUGAUAAGGGCAAAUAUAUAUUGGAGCUGUUUGAUGGUAAAACUACACACACAAAAAUGGUGGAUCUUUCUGGACAAGCAUUUGAUGACGCCCUUGCUGAAUUCCAAAGAUUAAAAACAGCUGCCAUUGCAGAAAAAAAUCGUGCUCGAGUACUUGGAGGUCUGCCAGAUGUUGUCACUAUUCAGGAAGGCAAGGCACUUAAUCUUACAUGUAGUGUCUGGGGAAAUCCUGUCCCUGAGAUUACAUGGCUCAAGAAUGAAAAACUCCUGAAAGCCGAUGACAAUAUCAUCUUGAAAUAUGAAUCAGGAAAACAAGCCUGCUUCACUAUUAAAGCUGUCAGUACGAUUGAUUCGGGCAGAUAUAGCCUUGUAGUAAAAAACCAGUAUGGUACAGAGACAAGUGAUUUCACUGUCAGUGUGUUCAUACCUGAGGAAGGGGUUGAAAUCCCACAGCCGGAAUAUGGUAAAGGAGAUAAGAAAAAGAAAGCAUGAAGCAUAACUUAAGGGACACGUUUCUCCCUCCCUUAAUAAUGUUUGUGUAAAUUACAGGUAGUACUUGACUUACAAUCACAACUGGGACCAGAAUUUCUGUUGCUAAGCGAUAUGGUCAUUACAUGAGUCAUCACAUGACCAGAUCCAAUUUUACAACCAUUUUUACCAUGGUCAUUAACUGAAUCACAAGAUCAAGUGAGCCAUGUGUUUUUUUAAGCAAAUCUGGUUUCCCCAAUUGACACUGCUUGUUGAAAGCUGGCUGGGAAGGUCGCAAAUUACGAUCAUGUGACUGCGAGACACUACAACGCAAACUGUUGAUUGUGUGGGUGACGCGAGAGUCACAACUUUUAGGACGGUUGUAAGUCACUUUUUCUGAGGCCAUUAUAACUUCAAGCCGUAGUUAAAUAGUUGUAAGUUGAGAACUACCUGUGUUUCUCCAUUAAUUUCAUUUCAGAUAUUAAAAUUUGAACUAUAUUAGACAAAAGUAGUUGUACAUCUCUUCCACCAUCUUCCCAUUCUGACAUUCAAAAGCUUCUUAUUUUUUUUCCUCUUACCAGUCCAUAAUGAGGCAAAAUCAUCAGUUAGUGCAUGUGACAAAUAGUUUGGCUAUUCUCCAAUGUCCAGGUGUUUAUGAAUAAAAAGUAUACUAUGUAUAAAUCCACAAGGAAAUGAAAGAAUAAGUAUGGAUUAUGGUAGUGAUAUUCUAGUAAUUCAGAAUCUAGAAAUUGUUAUACUGGUAAUAUCUGAAUUUACUAUAGCACAGUAGUAAAAAAUGAAUAUUAAUUAUAUUAAUACUGUUGUUAGCGGAAAUUUCAGUUCUGGAUAUUCCUUGUUAUUCACAAAUAAAUACAGGAAACAUAUUUCUUUCACCA